CUUGCCAACUCAAAGCCACCGAUUUGAUACCCAAUUUUAUUUUUUUGUUUCCACAACCAGCACCCUCCAAAACUCCACCAUUACCCUCCCCGGCCCCCUCCACCUCUACACCACCGCGAUUCACACACAAAACACACGCACUAAAGUGACAAGAAAACACACUAAUCUACCACUGCCCCACGUGCCCCCUACACCAUUUUCCCGCCCUCUUUUUCCCUUCCAGCUAUUUCCUCACAUGCCCAGCCAUUAAACUUCUUGUUCACUAACACAUAAAAAUUAAGCUCUUCCUAUCCUUUUUGUUAACUGUUUUCGGUUUGUCUCUCGAGUAUUUGAUUCUUUUCCUGUUAGGACAAUACUGUUUGCUCAUUGUGUCAAACAGCCAGCUUUGUAUCUGUGAAUGCUAUAUAUGAUCAAAUUCGAUGGAGUUCUGAUACUUCGGUGACUAACUUUCAACUUUUCCACCGGCCCUCUUGCCAAAAAUCCCAACUUUUUGAUGUAGUUGCUUGUGGGGUGGAGCAGUUUUCUGGUGUUAGGCUCAAUUGAUAUAUAUUUUUGUAUAUUGUUAACUACACUGAAAUUCUCCAACAAUCCUUGUGUCAAAAUCCCAAAUUAUCGAUGUCGGUUUCUUGUGGGGUGGAGUGUUUUUUUUUAGUAGGAUGUUUGAGGUGGGGUUGGAAGCGUUGUACUUACAUUGGUUCCUAUGAUAGCACUACUUGGCCAAUUGCCACUGCUGAGGAAUUUGAACCCGUUCCUAGAAUCUGCAGAAUAGUCCUAGCUGUCUAUGAGCCGGACCUCAGGAACCCCAAGUACCCCCCUCCUGGUGGAUAUCGCCUAAACCCAGAUUGGGUUAUUAAGAGAGUGACCUAUGAGCAAACCCAAGGCAAUGCCCCGCCUUAUAUCAUUUAUCUUGAUCAUGACCAUAGUGAAAUUGUGUUAGCGAUUCGGGGGCUAAAUUUAGUUAAAGAGAGUGAUUAUAAGAUGUUGCUCGAUAAUAGGCUAGGAAUGCAGAUGUUUGAUGGGGGUUAUGUGCAUCAUGGGCUAUUGAUGUCAGCAAUUUGGCUGUUGAACCAGGAAUCUGAGACUUUGAAAAGGGUUUGGGAGGAAAACGGGAAGAGUUAUAAGCUGGUUUUUGCAGGGCAUUCUUUGGGGUCUGGAGUUGCCGCUCUGUUGACUGUGAUUGUGGUGAAUCAUAGAAACAGAUUAGGGGGAAUUCCACGGAGCCUUGUCAGCUGUUAUGCUGUGGCACCUGCUAGAUGUAUGUCACUGAAUUUGGCUGUGAAGUAUGCUGAUGUUAUACACUCCGUGGUGUUGCAGGAUGAUUUCUUACCAAGAACACCCACCCCGUUGGAGGAUAUAUUUAGAUCUAUCUUCUGUUUGCCCUGCUUGAUGUUUCUUAUAUGCUUGAGAGAUACCUUCAUUCCAGAAGGUAGAAAGCUCAGAGAUCCAAGGAGGUUAUAUGCACCUGGUCGCAUGUAUCACAUUGUAGAGAGAAAAUUUUGCAGAUGUGGAAGGUAUCCUCCAGAAGUCAGAACUGCUAUUCCUGUUGAGGGAAGAUUUGAACAUAUUGUCUUGUCAUGCAAUGCUACAUCAGAUCAUGCAAUCGUUUGGAUAGAAAGAGAAGCAGAAAAGGCCUUGGAUAGACUGAAAGAAUGUACAGAGACGGUUACAACUGCACCACAAAUACCAAAGAUUGAAAGGUUGCAAACUCUAGAACAAGAACACAAGGAUGCACUGGAAAGAGCUGUCAGCUUGAACGUCCCUCAUGCGGUCCCCAAAAUUGAGGAAGGAGAAUCAUCAGGGGAGAAAAGUACAGAACCAUGUGAGGAUGUAGGCAAGGAGGACAGAAGUGCAUCGAAAGCAAGAUCAAAGUCCUCAGAUGCAAGAACUAACUGGGAUGACCUAGCCCGGAUGCUUUUCCAGAAGGAUGAGUCCAGACAGUUACUAUUAAAGAGAGAUGCGGCUCGUCCUAUAUAACUGGCUACUCUGGUCCACUCCUGAGUUUUUGGGAGUUUAUUUUUGUUCAGGAGAAAAUUUUCCUUGGUGUCACUCGUGCUUCAUAACCGGCAAUGCUCUCUAUAGUCUUCUUCUUGUAUAAAAUGGGAAUGCACAAUAUUUCCCCUCUUCAACAGCAGAAACAAGUGAGGGGAAAAAAUUUUAUUAAAUCCCUCAAGGGUUGCGCAUUUUGUUCAUUUGUUACCAUAUCAUCAGAAUCCUAUACUGAACAAAGAGUAGUUUGUGGUUUA